GCACCAUCUUCAUAAACAAAUCAACAACAACACUUUCUCUCUUCUUUUGCUUCACCUACUUUUCUUCAACCAAGUUGGUUUUGUCCUAUACAAGGAAAUCAAGCUCAAAGAUGAUUCAAAUUUCGUCGUCCAACUACAUACCUGAAUUUGGAAUAGAUGACACUAGUUUGUUUCAAGCAAUGGAUUCAUUUGCAUUCGACUUUGAUGAUAUUCCAUAUUUCAACUCUUUCUCAUCAUCUACACCUGAGAGUACUAAUUCCUCUCAUAACAUUAAUAAUCACAAGAAGCGAUUCUAUUCCGAAAGCACGCAAAACAGCUCUUUCCCAGUGGAAAGUCCUGAUCAAUCUGUUGUCUCUGCAACACCACCAACAAAGGCUUCUCCAUCUUCCAAAAUCAUUUCUUUUGAUAAUAUGCAUACAAAGGCUAAGAAGCCUAAAACCGAGUCUGGAUAUGGUGAAAACUUGAAUUUUGGAGGUGACUAUGAUAAACAAGAGAGCAAGGUUGCAACAACAAUAACAAACAGAAACCCGAUCCAAGCACGAGAUCAUGUAAUAGCUGAACGAAAACGAAGGCAAAAGCUUAACCAGAAAUUAAUUACCCUUUCCUCCAUUCUUCCUGGACUCAAAAAGAUGGACAAGGCAACUAUUCUAGAAGAUGCUAUAAGUCAUCUAAAGCAAUUAAAAGAACGAGUCCAGUCUUUAGAGGAACAAGUAGCUGAUAGAAAAGUCGAAUCCGCAGUUUUUGUUAAGAGAUCUAUUCUCUUCUCCGAUGAUGAUUGCGAUGAAAACUCAGACCAAUCACUCCCGAAAAUAGAAGCUAGAGUUUCUGGAAAAGACAUGCUCAUCAGAAUCCACUGUCACAAACACACCGGCCGAAUUCCUACCGCAAUACUCAACAAACUCGAAAAACAUCAUCUCACCAUUCAGAGUAGUUCUUUUUUACCAUUUGGAAGUAACUAUGUUGACAUAACCAUUGUUGCUCAGAUGAAUAAAGAAUAUUGCUUGACGAUAAAAGAUCUCAUAAGAAGCAUAAAUCAGGUUUUGAUGCAGCUCAUUUGAUUCAACCCAUUAAAUUCAAGGCAUCAUUGUGGUUAUUUUAAUGUGCAUGGUUCAAGAGAUGAUAAUGCUAAGGUGUUUUCCUUAUGUUUUUUUGCACUCUGGCAUUCUCGGAUUCUGCAGAUUUUUUUGUCUUCACACAAGUGGUUUUUUUUUAAUAAGAUUUGACUCUUAGAUUGAUCUGUUUGAUCCCUCUUUCACGUUGUGAAGAUUGAAUAUCUAUGUUGAGUGUUUAUUAUUUUUUAUGUUGUUUCUUUUGUCGUUUUGUGAUGAACCAGUUCUAUAUAGAAUUCUUAUGAUUAUUGUUUGCUGCAUCACUACUAUUAUUGGAUAUUCGUGUGGAUACAUAUCUUGAACUACUUAAUAUUCACGUUUAAUUAAUUGAAAGUGAAUGAGAUAAGCUCUGUAGUUUUAAUAUUUUUGACGAUAAAUAUAAUAAGUUAUUAAAUAGCAUCUUCAUAAAUACUAGUAUUAGAAAGCUGUGCAAAAU